CGGUUCCUGGUUCGCGUGGCGGGCGAGAGAGGGAGCCUUGGCCGGAAGGGUUCGGGGAGGGAGGAGUAGGUUGAGCAGCUGUGGCCUCUGGAGAACCCCCGCAGGCCGGUCCCGGGAGGUCUUCAGGGAGGAGCCCCGUGCUCCUGCCCAGCCCCAGGUAGUGGAGGCGCCAGCUCCUGGGAAAGCCUUUUUCUCCCCGCCCCGGGGGUUUCACAAAGAAACUGCCUCAUUCUCGUUCCAGAGCUGUUUUUCUGUGCUCUGCCUGAGCCGAACCGUCUGUCCGUCGGACCCAAGUUGCCUUCUCUUUUUUCCCUGGCUCUCAAUAGGAAAUCCGAACUCAGGACUAAUCGAUGAGAACACGCCUGAGGGGCUUGGGGACCUGCUGUGGGAAACCGAGCCUCAUUAGAAGUCCCGGGUCGUGACUCAUCCAAGAGGGGGAAUAGUACCGUUGGGCUUUGUUCAGAUGAGAAAGCAUACACACAACAGACAUCUGCUCGAAUUCGGAAACGCAUUUUUACUUUAUCGUUUAUAAAUAGUUGGGCGAAACCAAGGUGAUCUGGUGGGUGAGGUUCUAGGAAACCUGUGUUAUGUAAGGAACAGUUGAAAGAACUGUGAAGAAGGGAGUUGAGAGCCAAAAAGCAGUUAUUUUCAGGGAUUGGAAGGCUGUUCUGAAGGAAGUAGGUACCGCACAGUAGAAUUCUGUGCCUCAGUUACCAAAUUUGCCUGCCUACGAGUUUUCAGGUACACAAGGUUUAACGUGUAGCCCUAAAGAACCAGAAACCCAAAGGAACCGAUACUCCUGCUCCACAGAGUCCCACCUGUAGUGAGGCUGUUUCUGGAAUCGGUGUGAUGACCAAGGUUUUGGGCAUGGCUGCAGUUCGGGGCCCUCGGCCUCCACGGGAGAGGGGGCCUCUGGUGGUUAAAGAUGAGGACGAAGAGGAAAGGCAGAGCCUUCCUAGCCUGGAGGUGUUCCGCCAACGCUUCCGGCAGUUUGGCUACCAUGACACACCUGGCCCCCGGGAGGCCCUGAGCCAGCUCCGGGUGCUGUGCUGCGAGUGGCUGAGGCCCGAGAUCCACACCAAGGAGCAGAUCCUGGAACUGCUGGUGCUGGAGCAGUUCCUGACCAUCCUGCCCCAGGAGCUCCAGGCCUGGGUGCAGGAGCACUGCCCAGAGAGCGCCGAAGAGGCCGUCACUCUCCUAGAGGAUCUGGAGCAGGAACUGGACGAGCCAGCACAGCAGGUCUCACCUCCUCCAAACGAACAGCAACAGGUGUGGGAGAAGAGGUCCUCCUCAGGAACAGCAACAUUUCCAAGCAGCACACAGCCCCAGUCUGCGGAGACCAGUCACAAAAGCGAGGGUUGGGAGCCCUUGUACAUCCAGGAGACUGGGGAAGAGGAGGAUCUCACUCCAGAGCUGAGAAAGAGUCAAGAUCGUAACUCGAACACCCAGAAUGAGGACUCCAUAGAUCAGCAGAAAAGUUCUGAAGAGUCUCAGGAGCCCAAAAGGGAGGUUACUCCCAUGGCCGUUGCCAGUAAAUGUGAGGCCAGGUUAGAAAGGCAGUGGGCAAACCUUGAAAAGGAAAGAGGAACAAAAACUCCUCUUCUAGACAAAGGUUCCAAGAAAGGCAGAGAAUUGAUUCCCACUAAACCUGCCCCAGGAGAGAGGCGUUACAUCUGUGCCGAAUGCGGAAAAGCCUUUAGUAAUAGCUCAAAUCUUACCAAGCACCGGAGAACGCACACUGGGGAAAAGCCCUAUGUGUGCACCAAAUGUGGGAAGGCUUUCAGCCACAGCUCAAACCUCACCCUCCAUUACAGAACACACUUGGUGGACCGGCCCUAUGACUGUAAGUGUGGGAAAGCCUUUGGUCAGAGCUCAGACCUCCUUAAACAUCAGCGAAUGCACACGGAAGAGGCGCCUUAUCAGUGUAAAGAUUGCGGAAAAGCUUUCAGUGGGAAAGGCAGCCUCAUCCGACACUAUCGGAUCCACACUGGGGAGAAACCUUACCAGUGUAACGAGUGUGGAAAGAGCUUUAGUCAGCACGCAGGUCUCAGCUCUCACCAGAGGCUCCACACCGGAGAGAAGCCAUACAAAUGUAAGGAGUGUGGGAAAGCCUUCAACCACAGCUCAAAUUUUAAUAAACACCAUAGAAUCCAUACCGGGGAGAAGCCCUACUGGUGUAAUCACUGUGGAAAAACCUUCUGUAGUAAGUCCAAUCUUUCCAAACAUCAGCGAGUCCACACGGGAGAGGGAGAAGGGCUUUAUGCGUUUUCCUCCGCCCUCGCCGACACGCGGGAUACCCACGCCGCCCCCGCCGCCUCGGGUCUGCGGCGCCCGAACUUGCGCCCCGAGGCCGAGGGGCGCGGCGCUUCGCCCCGCCCGGCCAUCAGGGGGCGCGGCGGCGGGUGGGAGCUCCAGGGCGGGCGUUGGCGUCAGCGCGGGAGCCGCGCGGCCUCGGCCGGGAGUUGGCGAAUCACCGAGAGGCGAACUCCUCCAGAGUUCCUAGAGAGAACAAGGUCCAACGGGGCCUGGUCUGUGUCCGGCCCCCCAAAUCUCCCGUCCCUGCCCCCAGGAGACCCAGAACUUCUAGCUCUACUCAUGGAAACUCAGGCUGAUUGUGUAUCUCAGGAACCGCAGGCCCUGCUUGAGAGUGCUCUUCCUUCCUCGAAAGUUCCUGCAUUUUCCAACAAGGACAGCCUGGGGGAUGAGAUGUUGGCAGCUGCACUCCUAAAGGCCAAGUCCCAGGAGUUGGUGACGUUUGAGGACGUCGCUGUGUACUUCAUCCGGAAGGAGUGGAAGCGUUUGGAGCCUGCUCAGAGGGACCUCUAUAGGGAUGUGAUGCUGGAGAAUUACGGGAAUGUGUUCUCGCUGGAUGGUGAGACCAGAACUGAGCACGAUCAAGAAAUUUCCGAAGAUACAGGAUCACAUGGGGUGCUGUUGGGAAGAUUCCAAAAGGAUAUUUCUCAGGGUCUUAAAUUCGAAGAAGCCUAUGACCAAGAAGUCGGUCUUAAGAGGCAACUGGGGAGCUCCUCUGGAGAAAGACUGACCAGGAAGAUAGAAGAUUUCGGUCAAGUGACGGAUGAGGAAAAGCUAACUCCUGUGGGAGAGAGAAGUGAGAAAUACAAUGAUUUUGGGAACAGCCUCGCUGUGAGUUCUAACCUUAUUUCGCAUCAGAGACUUCCUGUGGGAGAUAGACCCCAUAAGUGCGAUGAAUGUAGCAAGAGCUUUAAUCGAACUUCAGACCUCAUUCAGCAUCAGAGAAUCCACACUGGGGAGAAACCCUAUGAAUGUAGCGAGUGUGGGAAGGCCUUCAGCCAGAGCUCACAUCUCAUUCAGCAUCAGAGAAUCCACACCGGAGAGAAGCCGUACGAAUGUAACGAUUGUGGGAAGACCUUCAGCUGCAGCUCUGCCCUCAUCCUCCAUCGAAGGAUCCACACGGGGGAGAAGCCCUACGAAUGUAGCGAAUGUGGGAAGACCUUUAGCUGGAGCUCUACCCUUACUCAUCACCAGAGAAUCCACACUGGAGAGAAACCGUACGCCUGUAAUGAAUGUGGGAAGGCCUUCAGUAGGAGCUCUACCCUCAUCCAUCACCAGAGAAUCCACACUGGAGAGAAGCCCUAUGAAUGUAACGAGUGCGGGAAGGCCUUCAGCCAGAGCUCGCACCUCUAUCAGCACCAGAGAAUCCACACUGGAGAGAAGCCCUAUGAAUGUAUGGAAUGCGGAGGAAAGUUUACCUACAGUUCAGGCCUUAUUCAGCAUCAAAGAAUCCACACGGGGGAGAAUCCCUACGAAUGUAGUGAGUGUGGGAAAGCCUUUCGAUACAGCUCAGCUCUGGUCCGCCAUCAGAGAAUUCACACUGGAGAGAAGCCUUUGAAUGUAAUGGGAAUGAGCAAAAGUUCUCUCAGAGUCGCUGCCGAGCUCAAUAUCGAAGAGUCUACCUGAGAGAGAGCCGCGCACCUGUUUUCCUCACUGCCUCUGAUUCUGACGAGCUCCUGCCUUACUACAUAAGUAUGACCAUCUUAGAACGUGUCCCUUCCGGCUCAAACCUUUCGCUUUAGAGAACGGGGCAGAUGGGGGAGAUCAUCCCGGCACACCCUCGUGACGAGCUACCUGUCACUUUCCCCCAGGAGUGACACCCAGAGGCGAGCGGCAGGUUGAGUGCGGGGCACGCCAGGGAAGCUCUGGGACCGGUCACCUUCCAUUUUGGAAGGGAGUUUGCACUAGCCCGUUUCUCUCACACCAGAGGAGCCUUUCCUUCCAAGGUGGGGAGUGGAAGCACAAUAGGAAGAAAACUCCAAGGACUCCUCUGGUUGGAGUCCGUGUAGUCGGCACCGAAGGCAGUGGAAAGAAUGUCGCGGGUCCUGCUGUUUGCUAACAAGGGGACACAGAGGCUGUAUUUCAAAGCCACUGUCCCUAAUCCAGCUUUAGGUUCUGGUAAGGAACCUUUGCUAUUUGUUGUUACUUUUUUUUGUUCCAUGAUUUCGUCAAUUAAUGGAAAUUUGGUGCUGAGGGAUUUGUUAUUUUAUUGGGGGGGUUCCGUGAGGUUUUCUGUGAUAACUGUAUUUUGGGGGGCUCUUGGAGCAGCAGGCCCGUUUCCAAGAGCAGUGAGGCGAUUUUGUUGGAGAGCUCCUUGCCCUUCUCUACUGUGAUGGGUCUGAUUGGGAAAUCCAUCUGAUGAAGAAAGUCUCACAGGGAGAGGAUUGAAAGCAUUAAGCGUUGGCCUGCUUCUGUUCUCCUCUCUCCCUGUUCCUCUCCCCGCUCCUGUGCUGAAAAGUGAUUUAAUCCAAACCCCCAGUUGCUAAGACUAGAAUGCUUUUAAGGAGCUCACUCAGCCAGCUUGCCCUGCCCUCUGUCACCUAUGACCUAUGACAUCUGGCCCCAGCAGCCGGACCUCCCGUGACCCCAUCUCUGACUUCAGCAGCAAAGGAAGCGCAAAACCCAGAGAAGGGGAGUCUCUGGCCUGACCUGGCCGUCAAGCUCCUUGCUGGGUUAGGCUGGAGCUCCCGAGUGUGCCCAGCUGAAGGGAUGAUCUUUCGUUCUGUUUUUCCAAUCCUGCUCAUCCUGUAGCAUAAAUGAAGUGCACUAUUAAACGGAAUAGUUUUUUAGAA